AUGUACUGUGUAGAACUAGGGGUGACUACACUACUAACUAUCCAGGCUGUACCGGCUCAUGUAGCUCUAGGGGCUGUACCGGCUCGUGUAGCAUCCACCCUGCCACCUGUAGCGUACACCAAAGCUAUUGAUGUCUGGCAGGGAGUGUGUGUAGGUUUUGUAUUCUCUGCUCUAAUGGAGUAUGCUCUUGUAAACUAUGCUCUUAGGGACAGUGCAGCCAGAAGACAACGAGCCAACUAUUUUGCUCAAGAAGUAAAUCAGGACGUGCUUCGUCAGAAUUACGAACAAACUAAUGGAGAGAAUGUGCCUGAAAGAAGACGACAUCUAUCUAAAGGGGCAAAUAUACUUUUGAAUCCAUUAGUUGAGGACCCAAUGUAUCCAAUGCAGUGGAUGGGGAUAAAUUAUGGAUAUCACAGGGGGAAGAGUAUUGGAAAUAUACGAUCCAAGAGAAUUGAUGUAGUUUCCAGGUUCCUCUUCCCCUUUAUAUUCGCUGUAUUCAACGUAGCCUACUGGUCAACCUACCUACAGCAGGCGAACAAGGAGAUCUAGUGUAUAAA